AUGGUCGCACAUAGCCUACCCUCUCCUCCCUCAGAGGACAGCAAAUCUUCAAACUCUCCGCCCGCCAGCACGAUGAACCGGAAAAGCACUGGCUCAAAUACAAAGCCGGUCAAGGGCACGAAUCGAGCGUCCAAGCGUGCCGGGUCGGGUGCCGCCGCCGUCCACCACCAUGAGCAGGUCACGCACGGCAUGGAUGGGAGGCAUAAGCGGGUCUGGAAGGCCUGUGAGAGGUGUCGAAUGAAGAAGACAAAGUGCGACGGUGAGUUCCCGUGUAAGAGGUGCAAGGACGACGGCCUCGUCUGCACAGCCGGUGUUCGCAAGAAGAUGGAAUACAAGCAGUUGCCUCGAGGAUACGCCGAAGUCCUCGAAAACACCCAGUUCGCGCUCAUCGCUACCGUCCACAAGCUCUACCAGAUGGUCCGGACGAACCAGUCGUGGGACCUGGGCGAGCCCGAGCUCAACGACCGCGGCCAGCCCGUGAUCCACAACAUCGCGCAGAAGCUGGGCUGCAUCCGCCCCAACAGCGACAUCGACCUGCCCGUGCACUCCAUCUUCCCCGAGAACACGCAGGACCUGGAGGAGCUGGCGCGCCAGCUCAACGAGCACCACGCCGACGCGCAGCACAAGGACCGCGACGCGGACAUGGACGGCGACUCGCCCUCGGCCUACCACCGGCGCACCGACCGCGCCUCGUCCUCGGACCUGGACCACUCCGACAUUGAGCCCGUCGACUACCGACGCGCCGCCUUUGGCAGCCACAACAACACCGGCAGCCAGACGCUCACCAUGUCGCCGCAGAGCUACGCCGGCAGCAGCACCGAGUUCGAGUUCAGCCAGUCUGCGCCGUCGGACCUCGACGCCUCGGCCGCCCUCUUCAACACGGCCAACUCGCCCCAGCUGCCCAUGUUCCCCGACUGGGCGCUCAAGACGGCGGCGUCGGGCGACGUCGCGGCGAUGCAGUACUUCCAGCAGGCUAUGCACAUGGGCCAGCCCAUGAUGGACGGCUACGAGACGAUUAAGCCUCAGGCUCUGUCGAACCCUGGCGGCGUCAUGAUGGGCAUGAACGAUCCGUUGCUGUAUAGCACCUACGAUGUCGACCUGGUCCCGAUAUAA